UUUUUUUUUUUCAUUGUUUAUUCUGCGCAACAUCAGCAUACCAUUUCAAUCACUCUCAUUCACAAUGUUCAAUUCUCCCAUCCUUCUCGACUUCAAUAAUGCAAAGAGAUCCAAAAUCACAAAAGCAUGUGAUAAUUGUCGACGACGUAGAGUCAAAUGCGAUGGUGUACCUGGAGGCUGCGGAGGAUGCAAAGCUGCAAAGACCCAAUGUGUUUAUACGACCAGCAACACAAAGCGUGGCCCACCCAAGGGUUAUGUUGAAGUGAUUGAAGACAGGCUGGGCAAAAUUGAAAACAUGCUCACCAGCAUUGUCAAAAAGAAGGCCCUUGUACCUAGUAGCUCAUCCAACAAGGGCACACCAACCCAGUCAGACGUUGAAGAUAAUAACGACGACGACGACAACAAUAAUGAUAAUGACCAUGCUAGCAUUUACUCUUCUGACCUGGUCGAAGUGAAAAAACAGCCUCCAGCUUCACCACCGCUGCGUCCAGCACGCUCUAUCACUCCAGCCAGCUCUAGCACACGCGCAGGUUCCGUAGCAAUCUCUGCAUCUUCUAUCCUUCGCCAUUCUCCUCUGGUCUCACGCAACCGGUCACUAUCAUCCUUGCUACCUUUCCCUAAUGACAAUAACAGCAUGCUAGAGUAUCCAGAUUCUGUAUCUCAGGUUGACAUGGCUACACUGACUAAAUCAUUUGACAAGUUGGGAUCAACCUCCAUUCGUACAUCCGUGCCUUUUCCAUGGCUCUCACCGGAGCAAUCCCAUCAAUAUGGACGUAACUUUCUUCAUUUCACACCACAGAGUCUGGAACCACCCCUACCUGUUUUGUUUUCACGUCCAUCAACCCCAUCCAUUUCAUCCGAUCAACAACUCCGACUCCUGAACGCGUACUUUGACCACUUCAACGUCUUUUUACCUAUUAUUCACCGCCACCAGUUUAUGAAGCAAUGGCAGCGACAGUUUUGUCCGCUCUGCUCCCCCUCCAUACACUCACGCUCACAGUCUCCUACAAGGACAAAACAACUGAAACAACAGCAACAACAGCCAUCUCCGCAAGAAGUUGAGGCCCAUAAAGAACACUUGUUGAACCCUGUGAUACCUCUUUCUCCACUUCUUCUGAAUGCACUCCUCGCAGUUGCAUCAAAAGUCCCUAUUGUCAAUCACUCAGAAGGCUCACCAACGGCCUCCAUGCACAGCCAAGAAUUUUUUGAUGCAGCCCGAUUGCUUCUCGACGAUUUCUUGGAUGUUCCGCGUGUGAGUACAGUGCAGGCAUUGACCUUAAUGUCUCAGUUUCAUCACCAGAAUCAAUGGAAGAUUACGCGGAGCAAUAGCUAUCUCGCGACGGCUAUCCGAAUGGCGCAUGAACUAGGCCUUAAUCGAGACCCAGAAAUGCUUUGUGGAGCAGAAGCUGAUGCCCUCCGAUGCCUGUGGUGGUCCUUGUUCAUCCUGGAUCAUCAAUUCUCGGCUUGGCUUGGUCUUAGCCUGCUUAUACAGGGUAAAGAAAGUAAUGUUGAACUUCCCAUGGACUUUAGUUCCUCUCCUGUGGAACUUCGUGGAUUUGUGUGCAUGGUGCGGUUAGUGAAGAUUUUGAGCAGCGUGCUACAGCACUCAUAUUCGACUCAAUCAUUGCCUCCACAGUUUGGUGGCCAUGAUUCCAUGGUAUCUUACAUCGAAGGGUCGCUAACAUCCUGGUUGAGCAAUUUGGCACCCGAUUUACGGUGGCAUUAUCCGAAUGGUGUUGGUGCUAGAAAAAGCCCACUCAAUCCCCAACAGCAGCAGGCCAUCGUCGUUGGUGUUAAACAUGCAACGGCGCUUGCCAAAGACUAUAGCGAGAUAUACCCGGCUUAUUUGUAUAUUAUGUACAAUAUGACCUUGAUCUUAUUGCAUCGACCCUACAUUGUAGGUGCGGCGGGCUCCCCUGCCGCAGCUCAAUCCAACACCAUCUGUACUGGCUCCGGGCGUGCAAUUACGGACAUUGCUCAAGGCUUGGAUAUCAUGCAUUGCUCAUAUGUAGUGAACCGCUACGCACUUUAUGCACUGUUGCAGGCUGGUGUCAUUCAUGCUAUGAAUGCAGUCUAUGAUAGACGUGGAUCCAAUGUUGCCAUGGACUACUACAAGCGGACACUACAUAUCCUGGGCAACUUUCUAACGUGCACAGAGUAUGCGGGUGGUGUUGCAGAGGGUAUCAAGGUACUUCAUAAGACAUGUCGUACGCCGAAUUCUGUCGUGUUAAAGUGUAUUGUUUUUGGCAUAUUUUGAUAAAAUACUGAUGAAUCUUUGAUCCGAUUAGAUACUGGAGCAAUUUCUGGCCACCACAUCCAAGAAUGCAGCAGAAGAUGAAUUAAAAGAAGGAGGCACCGGAGAUUUAGAAUCAUCAAUGAUAGAGCAGGAUGAAAGUCAGUCUAGUCGUAAGAGGAAACAAAUGGAUGCCUCUGCUCUCCAUGAAUCUGUUCAGAACAUGGUGAAACCUAUCCCAUAUCAGCCCCAGCUCCAGUCACAGCCUCAGCAACAGCCUCAUCUACAGCCUCAGCAACAGCCUACAGUGUGCUCCAUGUCCACUGCAACGUCAAAUGGGUUUGUUCAGUCGCCUCUUUUGACAACGACUACACUUUCAAUGAUGGCAUCCCCCAAACCGAUUGCUGUCAUUGGUUCGCAACCCCCCUACAUGUACAGCCUUAACCAAUCAACGCCAGCGAUGGAUC